AUGGAUGACCUUUACGAUGAGUUCGGUAACUACAUUGGCGAGGGUGGACUGUCAGAGGAGUCAGAAGCUGGAGAUGUCCCUGCAACUGGCUAUGUCUACGAAGACCUGGAAGAAGAGGAGGAGGAAGUCGAGCCCGCCGACCAGUUGAUGGAGGUUGAUGAAGGUCCGUCGAAUGCGGUCAUUUUACACGAAGACAAACAAUAUUACCCCAGCGCACAGCAAGUAUACGGAGCCGACGUCGAGACUUUAGUACAAGAAGAAGAUGCGCAACCACUUACGGAACCGAUCAUCAACCCGGUAACGCAAAAGAAGUUUUCGUUAGAGGAAGCCGAUCUUCCUCCCGUUUUCUACUCGCGAGAGUUUAUGGCGGAUUUGCUCAAUUACCCCGAUCAAAUUAGGAAUAUUGCGAUUGCGGGCCAUUUACAUCACGGAAAGACGGCUUUUAUGGACAUGUUGGUUAUGCAAACACACGACAUCAAUGAGAGGCUGGAGCAACGUACAGGCAAAAAGCGAGACGAACAGUUGCGAUACACUGAUGUGCACUUUCUUGAACGCGAACGACAGUUGUCUAUCAAGGCUGCGCCGAUGUCUCUCGUCUUGCAAGGAACAAAGGGAAAAUCAUAUUUGUUCAAUAUCCUGGACACGCCAGGUCACGUCAACUUUGUCGACGAAGUCGCAGCCUCGCUACGCUUAGCGGACGGCGUCGUGCUAGUUGUGGAUGUUGUCGAGGGUGUACAGGCCAACACCGAGCAAAUCAUCAAAUAUGCAGUGUUGGAGGAUCUGCCAAUGACCCUGGUGGUCAACAAGGUCGACCGAUUAAUCCUUGAGCUCAAACUACCACCGAACGAUGCUUACUUCAAGUUGAAGCACGUCAUUGAACAAGUCAACUCUAUCAUUGAGAAUACCAUCCCAGGAAUGGGAGAAAGCCGACGGUUGAGUCCGGAGAAAGGAAAUGUCGCUUUCGCGUGCAGCUCGAUGAACUGGUGCUUUACCUUGGAGUCAUUUGCCAAAAUGUACGCUGAGCGUCAUUCAAAGCUCGAUGGUACUGAGUUUGCAAAGCGAUUGUGGGGAGACAUUUUCUAUAACCCUCGAAGUCGCAAAUUCACGCGCAAGGGCGUUGAAGAAGGGUCCAAGCGGUCGUUUGUCAACUUUGUCCUUGAACCUGUUUACAAGCUCUAUUCACACACGAUAAGUGAAAGCCCAGAAGAUUUGAAAGAAACGUUGGCCAGUUUGGACAUCUACCUCAAACCAUCUCAGCUCAAACUGGACGCAAAAGUGCUUCUGUCUAUAGUCUGCGAGAAAUUCUUUGGUCCAGCCACCGGAUUUGUCGAUAUGUGUGUGCAGCACAUACCAUCUGCCGUGGAGGGAGCAUCACGAAAGCUGGAACACUACUACACUGGACCUCUGGAUACACGGGUUGCGCAGUCCAUGGCGAAGUGUGAUUCAGAAGGACCACUUGUAAUUCAGGUCACCAAGCUGUUUAAUAGUUCCGACGCUUCAAAAUUCGACGCCUUUGGUAGAGUCAUGAGUGGUGUUGCCCGACCCGGGCAACCGGUUAGGGUACUUGGCGAAGGCUAUUCUCUCGACGAUGAAGAGGACAUGGUCAAUGCAACCAUAUCUGAUACCUGGAUCGCCAACUCGCGGUAUAAUCUCCCGACCGACGGUGUCCCUGCCGGCAAUUGGGUGUUACUUGGUGGUGUGGAUAACUCGAUCAUGAAGACUGCAACGCUCGUUGCGCCAAAAUUCGAGUACGAUGAAGAUGCUUAUGUUUUCAAACCAAUUCGCCAUAUGACUGAAUCCGUGUUCAAGGUUGCUGUAGAGCCUAUCAAUCCCUCUGAACUGCCGAAAAUGUUGGAUGGCCUUCGCAAAAUCAACAAGAGCUACCCUUUGAUAUCCACCAAAGUGGAAGAAUCCGGCGAGCAUGUCAUUCUAGGCACAGGAGAACUUUACAUGGAUUGUGUGCUUCAUGACCUCCGCAGACUAUAUGCCGAGAUGGAAUUGAAGGUGUCCGACCCAGUGACAAGAUUUUGCGAGACUGUGGUGGAAACAUCCGCAAUCAUGUGCUACUCUAUCACACCGAACAAGAAGAAUAAGGUGACCAUGAUUGCGGAGCCGUUAGAUGAUGGUAUCGCAGAAGACAUCGAGAGCGGCCGUGUUCGCAUCAAGGACCCUAUUCGAAAAGUGGCCAAAUUUUUCGAGGAGAAAUACGAAUGGGAUAGAUUAGCAGCACGCAGUAUCUGGGCGUUUGGUCCGGAGGAGAAUGGGCCGAAUAUAUUGCAGGAUGACACGCUGCCGUCGCAGGUGGACAAAAAGCUUCUGGGAACUGUUCGUGAUUCCAUUGUUCAAGGCUUCAGUUGGGGAACGAGGGAGGGUCCUCUGUGUGAAGAACCUAUUCGAAACACAAAGUUCAGACUCACAGAUAUUACCCUCGCUGACCAAGCGAUCUACCGUGGCGGAGGACAAGUCAUUCCCACCACCCGUCGCGCAGUCUAUUCAUCCUUCCUUAUGGCGUCUCCACGAUUAAUGGAACCGGUAUAUGCUUGCGAAAUGCUCGGUCCCGCUGACGCCGUUGCCUCUGUAUACACAGUCCUAUCGCGACGACGAGGCCAUGUCCUCUCCGACGGACCCGUAGCCGGCACACCGCUCUACUCUGUCCGCGGUCUCAUCCCGGUCAUUGACUCCUUCGGCUUCGAGACUGAUCUCCGCAUCCACACUCAAGGACAAGCAACACUGAGUCUGGUCUUUGAUAAAUGGAGUGUCGUGCCCGGCGACCCUCUCGACCGCGAAGUCAAGCUUCGACCAUUGGAAAUGGCGAGUGCGCAGGCUAUCGCGAGAGACUUUGUGCUCAAGACCAGAAGACGGAAAGGAUUGGCGGAGGAUGUGACGGUCAGCAAAUUUUUGGAACCUGAGUUGUGGCGCGGACUGAAAGAUAGCGGUGUACUUGAGGGGUAG